AUGAAGCCUUUUUUAACGGGCCAUGAAGAAUUGAUUCAUGAUAUUAAGUAUGAUUUCUAUGGUAAGCAUAUCGCUACUGCUUCCUCUGAUCAACAUAUAAAGGUCUUUGACCUCGACUCAUCAACUUCAACUUGGGUAUUAAACGAUCUGUGGAAAGCCCACGAUUCACUGAUAACAAGAGUAACCUGGGCUCAUCCUGAGUUUUCCAAUUCCAAGUUGUUGGCUUCUUGCUCAUUCGAUCGAACUGUGAAAAUAUGGCAAGAGCAGCCAGAUGAGUUACAUGGUUCUGGCAGGAGAUGGAUAAGGUUGGCUACCUUAGCAAUUGAGUCUUACGCCCCAGUUUAUGAUGUGGAAUUUGCGCCUAACCACUUGGGUUUGAAGCUAGGGUGUGUUGGAUCGGAUGGAAUAUUUAGGAUUUAUGAGUCUAUAGAGCCCGCUGACUUAACUACUUGGGCUUUGACUACGGAGUUACCCAUAUUGAGCCUGCAGUUACCGGCUAAAAGCUUGCAAAGUAGCUUUGAGAUUGAGUGGUGUCCAUCAAAAUUUAGCAAAACUGAGAAGUUUAUAGUGAUUGCACUAGAUCAAGGAUUUAUUUACGGAACUACAGAUGCCGCACAAUUCAAUAGCUUUGAUGCACAGAAUGGUUCGGACCCAGACCAAGAAAGUGUGGGGACAGAUAACAAAUACACAAAAAUCUGCAACUUACCUGACCACAAUGGGUUGAUAAGGUCAGUUAGCUGGGCACCUUCAAUGGGAAGAAGUCAUCACUUAAUUGCUACAGGCUGCAAAGAUGGAUACGUUAGAAUAUUUAAAGGAAUAGAAUUAGCAAAUGGAGAUCUUAAACUUGAGACGGUUGCAAAAUUGAAUGACCAUAAGCUGGAAGUGUGGCGUGUUAAUUGGAACGUCACUGGAACAAUACUAAGCUCUGCUGGUGACGAUGGGAAGAUUAGACUUUGGAAGUCAAACUUCUUAAAUGAAUGGAAGUGUAUGAGCGUAAUAAACACAAGCAACAGAACUGGAAACAGGAUAGUGAAAGAUGAAUUCACUACGCAGAGAAGUAAUGCACGUUAA